GAUAAGGAAUAGACUUUGCCAUAAAAAAUUAUUUUGGUUCUCGAUGAUGUUGAUCAUUUGGACCAAUUAAAAAAAUUAUGUGGAAAAUGCGAUUGGUUUGGUUCUGGGAGUCGAAUCAUCAUAACAACAGGGGAUAAGAGUUUGCUAACUAAGCAUAGUGUUAGUUUGAAUUAUCCUAUGAAGGAAAUGGAUCACGAUGAAGCCCUUCAGCUCUUUACCCAGCAUGCCUUCAAAAGUGACAAACCUAUUGAUGAUUUUGAGGAUCUCAAAGAGGAUGCACUACACUAUGCUGGUGGCCUUCCACUCACCUUAAAAGUGGUAGGCUCAAAUCUAUAUGGAGAAAAUAGAAAGUAUUGGAAAAGUGCAUUGGAAAAGUACAAAAGAAUUCCAGAAGAAAAUAUCCAAGAAAAACUCAAAAUAAGUUACGAUGGAUUAGAUGAUUUUACAAAAAAGAUUUUCCUUGACAUUGCAUGUUUCUUCAAAGGAGACGAGAAAGAAUAUGUCACUAAAAUAUUGGGUGGUUGUGGUUUCUUUCCCGAUGAUGGUAUCAAAAAGCUCAUUGAUAAAUGUCUCAUAACUAUUGGUGAAUAUGACCGACUGAUGAUGCAUGACUUACUAGAAGAUAUGGGUAAAGAAAUUGUCCGACAAGAUUCACCCGAAGAACCUGGCAAGCGGAGUAGAUUAUACUUUCACGAAGAUGUUCAUGAAGUACUUGAAAAAGAUAAGGGAACAAAGCAUAUUGAAGGCAUAUUGAUAAAUCUACCUUGGGGGCACCGCAAGAUACGUUUGGGUUCUGAGGUGUUUGCAAAAUUGGAAAGACUCAAAAUAUUAAUAGUUAGAAGAUGUGAUGAAAGCUUUUGUGGCAGAUUGAAUUAUCUCUCUAAUGAGUUAAGAGUUCUUGAUUGGCCUAAUUGCUCUUUGGAGUUUUUGCCAACUUCUUUUCAUGGAGAAAAACUCAUUGUUUUCGACAUCAGCGGAAGCAAUAUUAGAGAUUUAGGCAGGGGAUUGCAAUCUAAGGCAAGUAUUUUUAUUUUCAAUAUCAUGUCAAUAUGUCUUACUUUUAAAAACUUAACAAAUAUAGAUUUCCGUGACUGUGGUGACUUGACAAAUAUAUCGGAUCUUUCAAGUUGCUCAAAUCUAGAGAAGUUGAUUCUUUAUGGAUGUAAAAGUUUAGUUGAGAUUCAUGAUUCUGUUGGAUUUUUAGAUAAGCUUGUUGAAUUGAGAUGGAAGGAUGUUCCAGCCUAA